CGUUUUGUCGCUUUCUGCGUAUUCGACACUUUUCUUUGUGCAUGCAAUAAAAUGAAUUAUUGGCAGUGUGCGGAAAAAAACCUUAUUGAAUACUUACAGAAACAUCUGUAGGUUGCAUAGACUUGUAUUUAAAAAAGUGGGAAAUUUGUGUUAUCAUUAAUUUGUUUUUAGUAGCUUUUGUUGACAGUGUGAUAGUUAUGUUAUUUAUGUUAGUACCAUUCUAAGACCAUGGCAGAGGAAUCCGACCCAAACCAAUCGAACCCGAAAACAUAUGAGAACGGAUGGAUUGUCUGUCGCUCUCAAAAGCGCCCGGGACUAUUGUAUAACUUUAACACCUUGACAGGUGAAGCGCAGUGGCGAGAUCCCGACAAAAAUGGACAUCUUACUGCCAUCGUGGAUAAAAACAAGGUUCCAUUUGACUGUCAUGAACCAACUGAGCCUCCAAUGGAGCCAAUACCUCAUAAACAGCCAACAGUCACACAGGGCAACCCUGCCCCAAACAUUUACAACAAACAGAUUAUAAAUAAUCAGUUUCCAGCUAAAUCAUUUACAUUACCUCCUUUUGGCAAUUCAGCUUGUGGCACAUAUGGAGUAGACCCUGGCCAGAUAAAUACUAUAAAUGUUCCACCUUUUUGGGUAACAAGAACACCAACAGGAUCUCAAGUCAUCCUUGGUCAUCUAACAUCUUUGAACCCGUUACUUACUUAUGGUGGCCUAGAAAACAUACAAUUUCCAAACACAUCAAUGCCUUUGAGUAAUAGAUUGCAAGUUUUAAACCAGUUAAACACUGGAAGCACUGGUAUGAAUUUGCCAUAUGAAGGUACUAGUAAUCACGACAGUUAUAGCCACCAACAGCCGCAUCAACAUUUUAAACCAUGGCAUAAAGUGAAGCAUAGAAGACCUGUAAAAAAUAAUUUAAAUGGACAUACUGAUCUAAGAAGUAAACUGAGUAGCAGAAAAAGGCAGGACCUUAAUGCUCAUGAAGCUAACGAUAAACCUGAAGUGAAAAAGGAAGAUGCAUUAGUUAUUGUCACAAAAGAUGAACUAAAUCCAGAUGAUAAUGAUGAAUGGUUGGAGGCACAUACUGAUGGUGAAGGAAGAGAGUUGAACAUGGACAUUGAGUGCUUUUGGGAGUUGGCUGACAGUAGCACAAGUCGCGACUGCUGUUAUAUUAUACCCACCACAAGAGUUCUGCUCAACAACAUGCGAUUCUUGACCAGUCUUGUGAUAUCAGACGAUCGUAUCCGACUAUUGACGCCGCGCGACGUGGUGCGUGCGCUGCGUUGCGCUGCAUUCUCGAGCAACGAUCGCUUGGCGGACUACGCGAGCCGCGCCAGGACGUUCGCCAUUCGCCAGAUGAGGAAAAUUCCAGACAAUUUAAAGGACACACCCAAUGUCAAAUCCUGUUUGGAAUUAAUUGCUCCCGAUAUACACGUGGUUCGUCUUGUUGACGAAAAGGAUAUGCUGAAUCAAGAAUCUAUCAAUGAUGGUACAAUUACAGUUACUGAACUAAAGCGGUAUUUAACACGAACUUCAACCCCGAAAGCAACACCUGUCCCCAAAAUGCAUACUAUCUGCGAACAAAUUAAAAUAACAGUACCAAAUACCGAGGUUCAACCUGAGAGUUCACCACAUGUAGCGGAACCCCAAAUCCAAACACAAGAGAGCUUAGAGGGCCCUAGUAUAUGCAAUGCAACUACGAAUUCAACCAACCUAGAAUCCCCAAGAUGUGACACUGAAAAACCUGGACAGAAAGAGAUAGAAAUCAAAACUGAUCUGCCAGAAAAACGAACCGCAAACGCGUGUGUACAGACAGAUUUUUAUUUUAUAACACCGUCAUUUGAGAUAAACCCAAAUAAAAAUAAAACCAGCGAAGCGGCGAAUACCGUAAAUGAUUUGUGUGAUAAGAAAACAAAUUUAAAUUUCACGUCAUUAGAAAAAGGGCACAAUGAAAUUAAAACCAGUUCUAUAGAAGUUACAGCAGAAGCUUCUGAUAAUAAAGUAACAACAGGAGCGCCACGAAAAAUCAGAUUGAAAAGGCUGCAACAUUCAAAUGUUAGCUGCAACACAGAGGAGAAAAAAGCUUUCAAAUGGCGCAAGAGAAGGAACCAGCAAGCAACGGUGGUCGAACACGAACAGGGUUAUCCAAAUAGCAACAACAGCAGUACAUCUUCCACCGGCCUCCUAACCCAACAUAAUGAUGACUCCAUGGAUAACUGCAAGUUUAGCGACGCCAGUGCAACAGAGGCGAUGGUCGAUGAAUCGUCCACGUCGGGUGUAAUUUCUAAUUCCAUUGAUUCCGACAGGCAACCAAUCCAAAAUGAAUUAAACACGGACCCAAGCAUUGUAGUUUAUGAGGUUACAAGUGAUUAUAUGACAGAUCGUCUUAUCUUGAGGAGCGAUGAGUGGAUGUCACGGUUUGUCCAAAUAAUGGAAGAAGUUCUUUCUCAAGUGCUCCUAUUGGACCCGCCUUUCGUAGACGCGACUUUGCCUCCGCCGUGGACUUUCUACGAGGCUACGGUAUGCGUUAAACGGAAAUUUACAAACGAACCAAAAAUCGUCUAUGCUUCCGAUAAAUUGGCUAUAUUCCUAUUGAAAAUAAACGAUGAUAGAGGGAACUUAGUGACAAAAUUAAGCCCUACAGAUUUCAUGAAAAUGUACACCUUUGGCGUAAAUUUAGUCAAUAAACUGCAGUCGGUGUUGAAAGAUUGUGAAGAUGUGCACAUAGCAUCUCAAAAUUUAUCUCAAAUGCUACGCGACAUUCGGGAGCCCGAUUUAGACGAGUCCGAUAUUGAAACAUUCAAUUACGACGAUCCAAACCACUCGCCCACUUUCAGCGAAGCGGUGACAGAUAUGUCGACAAUAAUCUCAGGCUUCCCUCCUAUGCCAGCCACCAACAAAUGUCCAGAACACAAAGAGAAAAGCCAGUCGUGCAACAACUCUCCGGCAAGAUAUAGUCUAAGAUCCAGUCACUCACACUCACAGCAGAAGAAGAUAGAGGAGGAAGUACAGACACAGACUAAUGCACACAGUAAUGAAAACAAAAAAUAUACUUUGUUUUCUAGUCUUGGACUGCAAAAAAGGGAGAUCAAGGUUGAUAGUAAUAUUACUAAGACAAUUUCUAAUUAUCCCAAAGACCAGCAACCCAAACCACCUUCACCUUUACAACUAACACCUGAAGCUUCCGAGAAUUCCCAAAGCGCAAAACCAAAGAUUGUUAGAAAUUUUAAUAUAUGCCCCGAAUUUGAGAAAAGAUUAAACGGCGAAAUCUGUAGUAAUGCUGCUGACAAUAAUAAUUCCGUCGAAAUUGAUUAUCUAGCUGAGAAUUAUAUGCCAGAAAAUAUGCAUAUUGCAGAAGACUUUGAUUUAGCAGAGUAUGGUUUUACCAAUAAUGAAAUGUAUUAUUAUAACGGUGCCAUGUCUAAGACGACGAAAAUGGAUGUUGACCUGAACUAUAAAUGUAGACAACCGCCUAAUGCUGAUUUCAAACUGAAACAGGUUGUUAGAAGAGUAACAUACAAAUACCGCAGAUGGUUAAUAGAUUUGCAAACAUUCUGCGAGGCUACAAAUGCAACCAUUAAAAGUCUAGAUAACCAGCAACAGGAGUACCAAACCAAUGUGAAGAAGAAGAUCACUAAAGUCGGCGAACACGCUAACAGUGUGUGUCGCCGUUUGAAAUGCAUAUUAAACCGCGACCCCAGCGUAACGAGUAACAAAUUCCGCGAUAUGUUGAAGAGUUACGGAAUCAUUGAUUUUAAUAUGAGCGACACACAAAUGGCUGAAUAUCGAAAGUUAAUUGAGAACUAUCUGGAACUGGCGGAACGACUAUUAACAUGUGUGACGCGACUUGCAGAGGCUGUAAAAGCGAAAUGACGGCAUUUACAUUGUUUACUGUGAGUCCAGCCCUGACCAAUCGGCUCGUAGACAAGAAACACUGCUUAAUUUGUUUUUAUUAGUAGUGUGUUAAAGAGAUAGAUCGUGCUAUUUGCGACUUGACAGCCAGAACAGUGUUGUUUGUUAGCCUAGUCCAAGGAGCAAGUCGUGUCACGUGUAAGUAUGUUGUUUGUAGAAUAAUAUGUACCACGGAAACUUUUGAUGUAAGUAUUUGACGUGAAAUAUACAGUCGGCAGCAGAAGUUGCUAAGCGGGUCAGGUGUUCAAAAUGAUAUUGACGCGACUUUAUUGUUAAGAGAAUAAGAGCGUGUCAAGGUAAUUUUGAACACCUCGCCCGCUUAGCAACUAUUGCUGCUGACUGUACAGAUACUGAUCUGAUCUGAUCUGAUCAGGCAUAGGCGUAGCGUUAAAAAGUGGAUGUAUUUUACACCCGCUUAUAAAGUUAUGUAGGUAGUAUUUUAUCCUACAAAUUUUAUUUUUGUUAUAACUUUUAAUUGUAUAAAAGUAUAAUGUGAUUCUUAAUUGUAAUAUAAUAACUAAUAAGAAUGGGAAACUAUACUGCGUCAAGCAGAUCUUGUCAGUAGAAAAAGGCGGCAAAUUUGAAAAAUGUAGGCGCGAAGGAUUAUCGUCCCAUAGAAAAUUUGAAUUUCGCGCCUUUUUCUACUGACAAGAUUUGCUUGACCGUCUAUAUAUGUAUUAAAUAUUACAGUUCCCAUAAUAUUUGUUGUGAGAGUACACUGGUAAAAUUUGAUUAUUCCUUCUUCAGCUAAGGGUGGUAUCCUACCUGUUCAAUUUUCCAUUCAUCCAUUUGUCCAGUGUGUGUUUGCAUCUGACAUUUAGCUUAACACAUUCACUGCCAUCAACGCAUAUGUGCGUUCACCGUCAUACAAGUUUGCUCCUAGGCCACUUACCUAUAUUAUUGCGCGCUUUGCCGGGAUAUAGUAUUAGCUAAUUCCCAGUGGCGUAGCUAGCAUGGGUGGCACCCGGUGCGGAAAUUGUGGGUGUCACCCCAAAAUUCAAUCAAAAUUGUGAAAUAUAUUUAAAAAGAGUAAUUGUAAUUUUUGUUAAAUAGCUCAGGAUUUACUCCAUCGCUUUCAUUUUACGAAUUUUUAUAGGUGGCACUACUGGAUGUGAUGUUCACGGUCGGGUGUCACCCCUAAAUGGGUGACACCCGGGGCAGCCCGCCCCCGCCGCGCCCCCCUAGCUACGCCACUGCUAAUUCCUACUAUGUGUCGACUGCCUGAUAUUGAUACAUGUAUCGUUGAUACGCCAAAACGAUGUGGAGUGGAGCAAUAUUGCAGUGACUUUCACAGCAGUAGG